AUGUCUUUCACCGUUGGCCAGGCCCUUGGCUACGUUGGCUCUGGUUUCUUCCACUCGUGGGAGACAGGCCAAUAUGCAUUUUUGGGCGAGGCUCUGAUCAUGGUCGUCUUCAUAGGCCUAACAAUCACUUGGCAGGAUCGUUUCAGCGUGCCGUCUCGGAGCACUGCUCAGCGUGAGGGCAAUCACUUGAAGCAGUUCUGUGUGUUGGCGAGCAACAUGACGUACGUGACUCUAGUCCUCGGUUACUCGACAUUCGCCUUCAUUGUUGGUGGCCUUUCCUACUGGAGUCCUGCUGCUAUUCGAGUUAUAUUCAGUACAUCUCAUAAGGUGGCCAGCAUAGGGUUCGGUGCUCUCACUGUUAGCACUGGCCUACUGGCUGCAUGGAGCCCCUAUAUUAGUCUAUUUUUCGUUCUCAUGUUCUUUGCGCAGUACUUCCUCUCGGCUACCACUGCGCAAUCUAACGUGGCCAUCAUGGAGGCGUGCAUGGCUGUCUGUGGGUGUACUACUAUGGGCAUGUUCAUGCGUGCUGAGUCGAACAGCUGA